AUGUUCAAGCCAAAGGUCCACCUUCUGCAUCAUAUCACUGACAACAUUGUUCGUUUUGGUUCUGUGCUGCAAUACAAAACUGAAAACAGUGAACAGUUCAAUAAGUUCAUCCGCAAACAUUUAUUCAAGACCAACCGCCAUUCCACCUCUCGAGACGUUGCUACAAGAUUUGGCAAGCAAUACAUCUGUCGGCAUCUUUGUAAUGGAGGAUUGUAUGUCGUAGAGAGACCAGCUGGUAAUGGAACAAGAUCUGUGAGAAGUUCAAUUAGUGAUUUUGUCAAGCUGGCCCCUGUCAAUUUCUCAGGCUUUAAUCUCCAUUUCUUUGGUUCUCGUGUCAACAGUGACAAUUCCGGGCUGUUGACUCCCACUUUGUGUGAUACACUUGCAGGUGUUUUUCAAUCAAAUGGUCAAUUAUUCCUUGGUCAGGUAAAGAUUGUUCAAGCAAGAGACUCUGCAGACAGAAUGAGGAAGGCGUUCUUUAUGCAAAAGUACCAAAUUGUUCCGAACAGCAAUGUAAAUUGCAUCUAUACCCCAGCUGUGGUAACGGACAAUUACAACAACAUUGUGGUUCUGCCCCUUGGAGGCCUGGUUGAAGUCAACAAAGAUGACAUCAACAUCGUUCAGGCUGUUGAUAUUCACUUGUCCAUUGGGUCUUCCAAUAACUAA